AUAAAUUAAAUUUAAAAUCAUUUUCUGAAAUUGUUGAUAUUUUCUUGAUUUUGGUGAGGAUUGAAAAAGUGCUUACCGAAUUUCUGCACCCACUGUUGGGCGAUUCCGCUGAGUAUAAUAGAUGAAGGAAUCGCUCUGUAGACUUCAUUCUCUAUUCCAUUUCCAAUUUCCAAUUUCAAGUUCCAAUAUCAUGCAAACAGUUAAGAACACUAUCGCCGAGAAUGUCGGGGGCACGUAUGUUUCCGUGGUUCUUUGUCUAUUUUGAUAUACUGAUGCUUCGUAGGCACUCUCUCGCAAAACUAGAGCACCAAUUCUCUCUCGAGGAUUGCCCUGACCAGAGCGGGAAGGUGGCAGUCAUAACUGGCGGUAGUGAAGGUAUCGGCUAUGGUUGUGCACACACCCUUCUCAAGAACAACCUCGCUAAGCUAUUCAUCAUUGCUGUAUCCCAGGAAGUUUAUGAUGGUGCUGUAGAGGAUAUCUCCAAGACUAUCUCACCCGAGGCAGCCCAAAAAUGCACAUUCCUCGAGUGUGAUAUGUCCGAUUGGCCGGCCGUGUGCAAGGUCGCUCACACAAUAUCCGAGAGCACAGAUAGAAUUGAUAUCCUGUGCAAUCUCGCUGCACGGGGGGUCAUGACAUAUCAACUUACCGACUAUGGUCUUGAUAGACAUAUGGCAGUCAAUCAUUUUGGUCACGUUGUCCUUACAAGUCACUUGUUGCCAAUUCUCAAGGAAACAGCAGAGGCUGGGCAUACCGUCAGAAUCGUCAACAUGUCUUCGAAUGCUCAUCAAGCCGCUCCGAGCGAUUGCAAAUUUGCAAGUGUGGAUGAGUUAAACAAAGAUUUAGGACCAAACCGACAAUAUGGACGAUCGAAGUUGGCGUCUAUACUUUAUUCACGUUACUUGGCUCGUCAUCUCACUUCCAAAUAUCCCAAAAUCUUGGUCAACGCUGUGCAUCCUGGAUUUGUCGAGACAAAAAUGUCGCAGGUUGAUAUUCAUGAACCAUAUCCAACACUCGGGUAUGGCAUGUCUGUCCUCAUGAAGCCCUUGAAGAAAGAUCAAUGGGAUGGUUGUGUCAGUACCUUGUACGCCAGUACUGCGGUGGAAAAAAGUGGAUUGUAUAUCUGUCCACCAGCAAUCCCCGAGCCAGGAAGCGAGUUGUCUCAAGACGAAGAUCUAGGCGAGCAGUUGAUGAAGCUGACGAAAGAGGUCAUUGUUGAGAAGAUGCCCAAGAAGAGUGUCGACCAGGGAUGCCCACUUGAGCUUUAUUGAACGGGUGCAGAAUACCUUGUUUGAUGUAUGGAGUGAUGAAAUCCCGAACUGUCUUAUUUUAUUGUCUUGACUCUAAUAUCUAUGUUAUCAAUUAUAGCCUGUCUCUUUCCCCGUUCAUCUAAUUUAUUUUGCUUCGCUGAAACACCUUUGACGCCUCUCAUACCCUUGCUCCCCCAUAGCCCAAAUUCCCUUUGCCUUUCGCAAUCACAAACCAUUCUCUUCCCCUUCCCAUCUACUUCCCCACAACUACUACAGCAGUUGAUACCGUCACAGCCUUCGCAAACCACCAAUACUAACUCA